CAGAAAAAUUUGACUAAAAAGACUUGAUCCCCUGCGAAUAAAAACAUUAUAUAGACUUUUAAGCCUUGUGACAGUAAACAAAUUAUACAGAGGGAAUUCCUAUCUGUGUUCCUCGGUUUCUUCGGAUUGCAAAGAAAAAUGGUAGGGCAUGCAGUGGUUGUUCCGUAUCCAGGGCGAGGCCACAUUAAUCCCAUGAAGCACCUCGCCAUAAAGCUCGCUUCUCAUGGAGUCUCUGUUACAUUCGUCCUCACUCAGACGUGGCACAAAAUCAUCACACAGGCCGAGGACGAUUUUUUCUCCCAUGCUCGAAAGCUUGGCCUCGAUAUUCGGGCGGGCCUCAUUCCAGACUGCGUGGUGGGAGAAUCACAAAGGUGGGCUAACAUGGCGGCCUUUUUUCUCUCGCUCUCAAACAUGGAAGCUCAUGUCAGCGACUUCAUAUUGAACCUCAAUCGCUCAGGAGCCACACCGUCCUGCAUAGUGGCAGACACUUUGCUCAAUUGGGCAGUGCCUCUUGCUAAACGACACACUCUCCUCUCAGUUUCCCUGUGGACAACCUCUGUCACAAAUUUUUCCGUCAUUUAUCAUUUAGGCUUAGAUGGGGCACAAGGCCGCAGAGAUAAUACUCCCGGUGUGCCUUUGUUCAAACCGACGGAACUUCCGAACGGCCUGUUCAGUCCCUCUCCUAUGGGCAAUAGUUUUGCGCAGUGUUUUAUAAAUGUGAAAGAAGCAGACUGGGUUGUUGCGAAUUCUUUCUACGCCUUGGAUUGCAGGGCAGUGGAGGCCCUGCGCCACAAAACCCCUGUGCAGUGUGUGGGCCCCUUGAACAUGCCCUUUGCCCACUGGGGACAUGGGAAGAGCGUUCUACAGUGCAGUCAAUGGCUGGAUUCGAAACCAGCGCGAUCGGUCAUCUAUGUUUCCUUUGGUAGCUUUAUUAAUGUGGCGAGAGCUCAGGUGGUGGAAAUUGCCACGGGCCUUAAGCAGAGUGGGUACUGUUUUAUAUGGGCGCUUCGUCCGGAUGCAGAGGCGUCUCAUGUCUGGGAAAUGCUGCCGCCUGGAUUUUUGGAGGAAUGUAAAGAGCAGGGCUUGGUUGAGCCCUGGUUUAGGCAGGAGGAGAUUCUUUCACAUCCUUCGGUGGGAGGGUUUUUCAGCCACUGUGGUUGGAACGCCGUUAUGGAGAGCGUUUCUGCGGGUAUUCCAAUGCUGGGAUUUCCUCUUGCGAUGGAACAGUUCCUCAAUUGCAAGCUCGUUGUGGAGGAAUGGAAGUUCGCGGUGAGGGGGAGGAGUAAAGAGGAUGAAAACAGGGUUAUUGCAGCAGAAGAGAUUGCUGUCAAGGUGAAAACGUUGAUGGAAGGCGAGGAGAGCGUGAGAUUAAGAGGAGUGGUGAAGACAUUUAGAGAGCUCGCCAAAGAGGAAGUCGCCAAUGGAAUGUCCGCCAGUAAUUUGAAACUGCUUGCCGAUAGAUUGAAAGCAGGCAAAACACCCAAUAAAAAAAUAGCAGAACAUGUAGCAAUUUGAGAUGGGUACUUCGAUACCCACCUAUCUGUCCUUUGUUUGUCUCUGUUAUGGCAACCACUACCGAAAUAGUCAGUGUUCAAACUUGCAACAAUCAUUCAAUGUCAAAUAGUCAGGUUUGAACAAAACUAGUUAAGAGAACCUGGCCAAAGAGCUGAAUCUUCAUUGUUGAAGCUGUUUGUCAAACUUUCAAUACUAACGCUUUACUUAGGCCCACAGUUUGGCUUUCA